AUGGCAACUGCCAAAGAGGCUCACAACAUGGAGGGUACACUGGCGGAGGCCGCCUUACCAGAUGCCCAUCUUGUCUUGAUCCCGAGACCGAGUGAUCACCCGCGCGACCCCCUGAAUUGGCCCCUGCGGCGAAAGUAUAUCAUUCUCGGAGUCCUAUGCUUGGCUUCUUUUUCGGGCGCGGUCGCGUCGCUGUCUGCGCAAUUGAACCUGGAGGACCAGGCGGAGCUGUACCAUAAGACAAAGUUGCAAGAAUCCUACGCGAAUUCUGCUGCCCUGGCAGGUAUGGCUGGAGGACCAUUUUUCUUUGCGCCUCUUGCGCAUCAUUUCGGCCGCAGCUCGGUCAUCUUCUGGUGCACAUUGUUCACAUUGAUCGGCCAGGUCUGGGGCGCGGUGAUGACCCAUCCAGAUGGAUAUGUGCCCUUCAUCAUCUCUCGAUUAUUCACCGGGUUUUUCGGAGCUGUACCAACUGUCCUGGGGCCACGCGUGGUCACCGAUUUGCCCAACCUUUUUCAGGCUUCAUAUUCCGCGAGUGCUUUUUUCCCAGUCGAGUUCUGGUGGACGGUCGGUCUACUAGGAUUCACUUUGAUUUGCUGCUUUCUGUGCCUCGAGAAGACGGGAUUCGACCGCGAGAAUCUCGAUAGAAAUCCGCAGAUCCCGCUCUCUUUCACACGAAAAACCGACUGGCGACUUUCUUCUUUGGACGCAGAGUGGUACUGCCUGACUCGUGGAAAGAAACGAAUCGGCAUCACGCCCUUCCUGAUCGGUAUCUGCCCCGUCACCAUCAUCAUGGGACUCUUCACCCUCAUCUCCUUCGCUUCUACCCGGCGGAUACGGCUUCACCUUGAAACAAAACGCCGCAUUCACCUUCUCCCCUGGAUCGGCAUCGUCGUCGUCCAAUUACUCGGCCACUCCCUGAACGACAGAGUCCCACUUGCCCUGGCACGUCGUUUCAACAAGGGCGUCUGGAAACCUGAAUACCGUCUCCACGUUCUCUGGUUACCGAGUCUCAUCCUCAACCCAAUCGGGCUGGGCAUCUUCGGAGCUGCGCUGCAGUAUCACCUGCAUUACACGGUACUUGCAUUGGCCGUCUUCAUCGUGACUAUUGGUUCUCUCGCCAGCGUGCCCGUCACGGUGAAUUACGUCGUGGAAUGUUUUACCAAGUACCCUGGCGAAGCGGGGAUCGUGAUCGAGGCUGUCGGCGUGGGCUGGGUAUACGGGAUGAUGGCAUUCUUUGCCGUGUUUUCGUUUUUCUUCAUCAUGCUCUUGAUGUGGAAGGGGCAUGCGAUUCGGGAAAUUCAAUUCUCCAGUCUUGCGUCCAGUGAGGAGGGUGAGAAGUUGGUAGAUUAA